CUUUUCCCUUUUUGACUAAUCGUCCCCGAAGAAACUAAAAAAAUCCCCAAAAUUCCCUUCCGCAGUCCGCACCCGCAAUCGCCACCACCCCAAUCACAGAUUCCCACUCCACUCUUUCAUCCAUGGCACCGGCAGAACCAAAUUGAAGCCUAGCGGUGCAAGCAAAGCUAAUCGACCUUCCUUCCCCAGCAGAUCAGCAACGGCAAGAACAAAUUCAAAGAUCGCAGCCGCAGUCGUGAGUAGUUCUCGGAUUCUCGCCGGCCUUCAGACCUAGCCAGCCGCCCACCGCCCGCCGCCGAGCCUAUCCGAUCGGCGCGGGCGGUCCCCCGCCCACCAAUUGGGCGGGCGCGGCGGCCGUCGGGGUUUGGUGCUGCGGAUUCCAGGGGCACCCGCGCGCAAGUGGCCGCCUCGCGCCGAGCGGCGCCUCGUUGCGCGUGCCCCGCACGGGGGUCUGCGCCACGCCUCCCGCGCGGCUACAUAUGUUGCUGAAGGCGUCUGCAGCGUCCGUCGUCGGUGGCAGUGGUCAUUAGAGGCUCUAGCUGAGUGCGCCGCGCCAGCUGCUUCAGUUUGGUCUGAGUUUGGAUGGGCCAGAUGGUUUCGGACGAUAAAUUCGAAGAACAGGCGGCUCGCCAUGGUGGGAUCAUUAAGAAUGGAAGGGAAAUCUUAUUCCAGGCUUUUAACUGGGAAUCAAAUAAGCAUAACUGGUGGAGUAAGUUAGAGGAUAAAGUUACUGAUAUGGCAGAAUCGGGGUUUACAUCAGCAUGGCUUCCUCCACCAACUCAGUCAUUAUCUCAAGAGGGCUAUCUACCGCAGAACCUGUACUGCCUUGACUCUUCUUAUGGUUCUCUGCCAGAGCUGAAAUCAUUGCUUCAUAAAAUGAAUGAACAUCAUAUAAGGGCUAUGGCAGAUGUUGUUAUCAACCAUCGAAUUGGGACUACUCAAGGAUCCAAUGGCAUGUACAAUCGCUACGAUGGCAUCCCAAUAUCGUGGGAUGAACAUGCUGUUACAUCUUGUUCUGGUGGGAAGGGGAACAAGAGCACUGGGGAUAACUUUAAUGGGGUUCCCAACAUAGAUCAUACACAGACAUUUGUACGGAAAGAUAUUAUUGAAUGGCUGAUCUGGCUCCGGAAAUCUGUUGGUUUUCAAGAUUUCCGCUUUGAUUUCACGAAAGGUUAUGCAGCAAAGUUUGUGAAAGAAUACAUUGAGGAAUCAAAACCUCUUUUUGCAGUUGGAGAAUACUGGGAUAGCUGUGAAUAUAGCCCACCUGAUUACCGAUUGAACUACAAUCAGGAUAACCACAGGCAGAGGAUCAUUAAUUGGAUAGAUAGCACUGGAGGACUUUGUGCUGCAUUUGAUUUCACAACAAAGGGUAUUCUUCAGGUCAGGAAUGAAAUCCUGUUGCAUGAGCUAACAUUUGUCUUAGUGAUUUAUUUGAGUAUUUAAUGUUGUUUCAAUCAGGAAGCUGUCAAAGGAGAGUUGUGGCGGUUGCGAGAUCCGGAAGGAAAGCCACCUGGUGUGAUGGGAUGGUGGCCUUCAAGAUCAGUUACGUUUAUUGAAAAUCAUGACACUGGGUCAACUCAGGGUCAUUGGCCUUUCCCAUCUGAUCAUAUUAUGGAGGGAUAUGCCUAUAUACUCACCCACCCUGGCAUCCCCACGGUGUUCUAUGAUCACUUCUACGACCAGGGACAGUCUCUCCAUGACGAAAUUGCCAAACUGAUGCAGAUCAGAAAAUGUCAAGACAUACAUAGCCGUUCCUCAGUCAAAAUAUUGGAGGCAAGGUCAGACCUGUACUCUGCAAUCAUCAACGAGAAGUUGUGCAUGAAGAUCGGGGAUGGGUCAUGGUGCCCAAGCGAUCCGGAGUGGAGGCUGGCGGCCUCUGGAGACAGAUAUGCUGUGUGGCACAACGUCAACGGCCGGCCUCUCCGCGCGGGGACCCCCGCCGAGCUGGCCGUCGGCGACGAUGUCUCGGUGCUGUGGCGCGGCGCCAGGUACGGGCUCGUGGUGGAGAGCUUCGUCUCGUGCAGAGGGGGCGGGGGUAGUGCGUCUGCGGGGGCGCGGUCCUGCGAGGCGGGGCUUGCGUUUAGGGCCGAGUCGCUGCGGAAGCGGCUCAGGGCGAUCUCCGAGAGUGAAGAUCCCCUUUCUAUCUUGAGGGAUUCAAGUUGUUCGGGAAAUGGUGGCGCAGAUGCUGGAGUGAAAGAAUUGAGGCAGGAUGGCGCUGGUGAAUUAUGCUCGGAUAAUCCAACCAAUCCCGUUCCCGGGGAGAACUUGCUGCAAGAUGAUUGCAAGCUUGACCAGGACAAGUUGGAACACCAUCCUGAUGUUGCAAAAGGUUGUGAUGUUGAAGCUGAGCUGUGUCAAGGGAGUAAAGGAUGCGGCAAUGACAAUGCAGAGAAAACAGGAUGGAGCAGUGGCAAUGGAGAGCAGCAUCACAACGAGGGUUGCUAUUCAGAUGGGAGCACAUUCUUCUUGAAUCGCCUUGUGGGUCAUGAACCACACAGUGGAGUUACACUGCCUCAACUUCUUCAUCCCGUGGAGAAUUUGGUGCGAGUAUUUAUCGCAACGUUCACCUCAGAUAUUUCCUGGUUUCUUGACUAUUGCAAGAUUCCACAGCACCUGCCCGUGACAGUAGCAUGCCACAACAAGGAACGAUGCUGGAGUGCGAGCAGUGAAAAUAGAAUGGCAGCCCCUUUUGAAAGCCACCCUAACCUGCUACUAGUUUACCCCCAAUUCCCUGAAGAGAUAGCAUUUGGAAUGGAUAGGAAGAAGCAAGGAGUUGCAUGCCACCAUCCAAAGCUCAUAGUGUUACAAAGGGAAGACAGCAUGCGUGUUGUUGUUACUUCAGCUAACUUAGUACCAAGGCAGUGGCAUCUUAUAACAAAUACAGUGUGGUGGCAAGACUUUCCCCGUAGGACAUCCCUGGACUAUACAGCACUUUUUAGUGCAACCGAGGAACAAAGUUCUGAUUUUGCUGCUCAGUUAGUUUCAUUCAUAGCAUCCAUGGUCAAUGAAGUCCCUAGCCAGGCAUAUUGGAUAAAUGAGAUCGCUAAGUAUGAUUUUGAAGGAGCUGGUGGCUACCUCAUUGCUUCAGUACCAGGGAUACAUGCAUGGAGUCCUCCUUAUUUGGAGUCUAAUUAUUUCCUUUCAGCGAAACAUAUUUUACACACGAAAUCUGCAAAUAGAACAUUUGUUGGCUCUGUGCAAACAUCUGUAGUUGGUCUAUCCCAUCGGUUUCAUAUGCCAUCAAAUGCUGGUUCUCAACUGAGAGCCUUAUCUGCAUUUCUUGGAAAAUGCCGUGAGAAUAUGCAUGGAACUACAGAAGUGAUUUUGAAGAGGAACACCAAUAUACCUGCAGAUGCUAAUGCCGUGAGUGUCCUUGUUGCUGAUCUGCAUAAUUUUUCUGAGGAAGGUUCUGUCCAACUUGGUUUCUUGCCUAGAGAGGUUGCUAAGUGGGUAGCUCCCCUCAGUGACUCAGGAUUCUUCAAUUUCUCUGGAUUUAUCUACCCCAGAGAAGCCUUGGAGGCUGCAUUUGGAGUAACUAAUACAAAAGUGCAGUUGCUUCUGUAUGUAUCAAAGGGUCCAGAAUUUUCUCAAAUUUCAGAGCUGAUCUGCGACGAGCAUUUUCCACCACUGUGCUCACUAAUAGCAUCGUUGAAGCGGUGCCUUGGACUUUGGCGGCUAGAAGAGGUAUUGUCAAACAUUAAGUGGCCUGAAACACUCGAGACUGAUUUUAUCUACAGUGCUUCAUCCAUUGGGACUUCAAUCAAUCCACAGUUCAUUGCAAGCUUUGCUUCUGCUGCUGGUAAACGACCCCAUCAGGAUUUUGACUCUCAAGAGUCUGAUCCAGAGUGGGGUUGCUGGACAGCAAAGCAUGAGCUGAAGAAGCCAUCAAUCAGUCUGUUGUUUCCAACAAUUGACAGGGUGAAAAAAGGGGCUUGCGGAAUCCAGUUGUGCCGGAAUUUGCUUUCUCUACCUGAGAAAACAUGGCAAAGACUGAGAUCUACUGGCAUAUUUCAUGAUGCAAUCCCUCAACCAUAUGCCAGGAUAGGGCAUCCUAUGCAUGUUAAGGUUGCUCAAAGACGCUUUGAGGCUCGUCCUGGGGGACAUUCAUUUGGCUGGACUUACUGUGGGUCUCACAAUUUCAGUCCAGCAGCAUGGGGGCAAGUCCUUUCUCCUCCCUCCAGAGCAAAUCCUAAUGAAGUCAGAGCAGCACCUCCUGGUCCAAGGCUGCACGUUUGUAACUAUGAGCUCGGCAUCAUACUCAUUUCUCCACCACCAGGCAAGUCAAAGCAAGCAAGUGAAAGUAAGCACAGGAUUGAGGGCAUCACCCUACCGUUUGUUGUGCCUCCGCCGCGAUAUAAGGGGAGUGAUAGGCCAGCGACUCGGUUGGCCAUGCGAGAGGCUGCGGCUGAAGCUUGUGUUCUGCAGAGUAACGAUGUUGUAGACUUGUCAGAUGAUACUGACGAAGAUGUGCCAGAUGAAGACGAUGAGCAGGAGGUCGAGCUGUCUGAUUGUUCUCAACAAGAGAAGGAAGAGGAGAAGAUUUACGCGGAGACGCUAUGGGGGCAGGUAGAUUCUUCUCAGAGCCAAGAAAAGGAUUAGUGAAGUUGGAGUUCGGUUCUUUAUGCAGUCUUGCAGAUUCAGUUCGUUGUGGACUUGUGGUAGUCAGUACCAAAGGUUGAUGUGACAGAAGGCAUGUUCAAAAAGCUGUUCUUGGAAGCUUGGGGUUCGCUGCAUUUUUUCUCAAGCGAAUUGAACUUCCUGAAGGAGAGCAAGUUGUUGUAUUGAAGUAUCAUUUGAUGGGCAGGCAAAAUCUGACGACCAGAUUUCAGAUAAAGUUGAUUCCUUUCUAUUGAUUUGUUUGAUUAGAUUUACGUUGUGCAGAUAUCCUGUAAUUCUUUCUUGUACUGAAAACAAUAUCGAUUUUUCAUGCACCUCAUGAGAAACAAUUGUGCUGUACAUAAUUUGCUGAAUAGUUGCAAUACUGAAACUGAAGAUUCACACUUCAGA